AUGGCGUGGAUCGCCAUUGGUGUUGCUCUUAGCUCCCUAUUCGCGACAGUAAUUGCAGAGCCGCGUGAGGUGACGAUCGGGUCCGCCAUAAAGCUCGUACACGACCGCCUGAAGCACCGUUUGCACUCGCACGAGGUCAGCUAUGGCUCGGGAAGCGGUCAGCAGUCUGUGACCGGCUUCCAAGGCGGAGACGACGGCAACAGCUACUGGAUCGUGCGCUGCAUUAACAAGGUUGUGUGCGAGCCCGGUCAGACCCUGGGAGAUGGUGCGGUGUUCCGUCUGCAGCACAUGAGGACGAGAAGAUGGCUUCACUCCCACCUGCAUGCUUCCCCUCUCUCAAACAACUUCGAGGUCAGUGCGUAUGGAGAUGACAACCAGUCUGACACUGGCGAUCACUGGAGGCUGGAGAUUGAGGGACGUGGCUCUGUGUGGAUGCGCGACCAGAAGGUUCGCUUGCAGCAUGUGGACACAGGGGGGUUUCUGCACUCGCACAACAAGCAGUACGGUCGGCCCAUUGCUGGACAGUAUGAGAUUUGUGGAAUUCAGCGCAAGUCACCUGAAAACAUUUGGAAGGCCACAGAAGGAGUGUACUUUCCUGCAACUUCCGAAGUCCAGACUGACUAA